AUGGAGAAGCUGAGCUGUCAUGUGCAGACGUAUGCUUGGGGUAAGAAAGGUCUGGCCAGCGAAGUGGCUCGAGUGUACGCUGCUGGACAUCAGGAUGCGCACAUCGAUGACAGCAUCUCCUAUGCUGAGGUAUAUUACAUUUUCUACCCCAACUGA